GAGGGGGGGAUGUCCGGCUCCAAAAGCGUGAGCCCCCCGGGCUACGCGGCGCAGACAGCUGCUGCGCCGGCGUCCCGGGGAGGCCCGGAACACCGCUCGGCGUGGGGGGAGGCGGAUUCCCGCGCCAAUGGCUACCCCCACGCUCCCGGGGGUUCGACCCGCGGCUGCACCAAGAAACCCGGGGGGGCGGUGACCCCGCAGCAGCAGCAGCAGCAGCGCUUGGCUAACCGCUGGCGCAGCGACGACGACGACGACGAUCCUCCGCUGAGCGGCGACGACCCCCUGGCCGGGGGCUUCGGCUUCAGUUUCCGCUCCAAGUCGGCCUGGCAGGAGCGCGGCGGCGACGACUGCGGUCGCGGCAGCCGCCGGCAGCGGCGGGGCGCGGCCGGCGGGGGCAGCACCCGGGCGCCCCCUGCGGGCGGCGGUGGCGGCUCGGCGGCGGCGGCGGCAGCGGCCGGCGGGACGGAGGUGCGCCCUCGCUCGGUGGAGCUGGGCCUGGAGGAGCGGCGGGGCAAGGGCCGCGCGGUGGACGAACUGGAGGCCGGCGCCGUCGAGGGCGACGAAGGAUCUGGGGAUGGCGGCAGCUCGGCAGAAUCGGGUGCGGGGCCCGGCGCAGUGCUGUCGCUGGGCGCCUGCUGCCUGGCGCUGCUGCAGAUAUUCCGCUCCAAGAAGUUCCCGUCGGACAAGCUGGAGCGGCUGUACCAGCGCUACUUCUUCCGUCUGAACCAGAGCAGCCUCACUAUGCUCAUGGCCGUGCUGGUGCUCGUGUGCCUCGUCAUGUUGGCCUUCCACGCGGCGCGGCCCCCGCUCCAGCUGCCCUACCUGGCAGUGCUGGCGGCUGCGGUAGGUGUCAUCCUCGUCAUGGCUGUGCUCUGCAACCGCGCCGCCUUCCACCAGGACCACAUGGGCCUGGCCUGCUACGCGCUCAUCGCCGUCGUGCUGGCCGUCCAGGUGGUGGGCCUGCUGCUGCCCCAGCCACGCAGCGCCUCGGAGGGCAUCUGGUGGACCGUGUUCUUCAUCUACACCAUCUACACGUUGCUGCCUGUGCGCAUGCGUGCCGCGGUACUCAGCGGAGUGCUCCUGUCUGCCCUCCACCUGGCCAUAGCCCUGCGCACCAACGCCCAGGACCAGUUCCUGCUCAAGCAGCUUGUCUCCAAUGUCCUCAUUUUCUCCUGCACCAACAUCGUGGGUGUCUGCACCCACUACCCGGCUGAGGUCUCCCAGAGACAGGCCUUCCAGGAGACCCGGGAGUGCAUCCAGGCACGACUCCACUCACAACGGGAGAACCAGCAACAGGAGCGGCUCCUGCUGUCUGUCCUGCCCCGUCAUGUUGCCAUGGAGAUGAAAGCAGACAUCAAUGCCAAGCAGGAGGAUAUGAUGUUCCAUAAGAUUUACAUCCAGAAACAUGACAACGUGAGCAUCCUGUUUGCCGACAUCGAGGGCUUCACCAGCCUGGCAUCCCAGUGCACUGCCCAGGAGCUGGUCAUGACCCUCAACGAGCUCUUCGCCCGCUUUGACAAGCUGGCUGCGGAGAAUCACUGUUUACGUAUUAAGAUCCUGGGGGAUUGCUAUUACUGUGUCUCUGGGCUGCCGGAAGCGAGGGCUGACCAUGCCCACUGCUGCGUGGAGAUGGGCAUGGACAUGAUUGAGGCCAUCUCGUUGGUCCGGGAGGUGACAGGGGUGAACGUGAACAUGCGCGUGGGAAUUCACAGCGGGCGAGUACACUGCGGUGUCCUUGGUCUCAGGAAGUGGCAGUUCGACGUCUGGUCUAAUGACGUCACGCUGGCCAACCACAUGGAAGCUGGAGGCAAGGCAGGGCGUAUCCACAUCACCAAGGCCACACUCAACUACCUGAAUGGGGACUACGAGGUGGAGCCGGGCUGUGGGGGCGAGCGCAACGCCUACCUCAAGGAGCACAGUAUCGAGACCUUCCUCAUCCUGCGCUGUACCCAGAAGCGGAAAGAAGAAAAGGCCAUGAUUGCCAAGAUGAAUCGCCAGAGAACCAACUCCAUCGGGCACAACCCACCCCACUGGGGGGCCGAGCGUCCCUUCUACAACCACCUGGGGGGCAACCAGGUGUCCAAGGAGAUGAAGCGGAUGGGCUUCGAAGACCCCAAGGACAAGAAUGCCCAAGAAAGUGCAAACCCUGAGGAUGAAGUGGACGAGUUUCUGGGCCGCGCCAUUGACGCCAGGAGCAUCGACAGGCUGCGGUCUGAGCAUGUCCGCAAGUUCCUCUUGACCUUCAGGGAGCCUGACUUAGAGAAGAAGUACUCCAAGCAGGUGGAUGACCGAUUCGGUGCCUACGUGGCCUGUGCCUCGCUUGUCUUCCUCUUCAUCUGCUUUGUCCAAAUCACCAUCAUGCCCCACUCCGUGUUCAUGUUGAGUUUCUACCUGACCUGUUUCCUGCUGCUGACGUUGGUGGUAUUUGUGUCCGUGAUCUACUCCUGCGUGAAGCUCUUCCCAACCCCACUGCAGACCCUCUCCAGGAAGAUCGUGAGGUCCAAGAUGAACAGCACUCUGGUCGGCGUGUUCACCAUCACCCUCGUGUUCCUGUCGGCUUUCGUCAACAUGUUCACGUGUAACUCAGAGAACCUGCUGGGCUGCCUGGCAGACGAGCACAACAUCAGCACCGGCCAGGUCAACGCGUGCCAUGUGGUGGCGUCGGCCUCCAACUACAGCCUGGGGGCCGACCAGGGCUUCUGCCGCAGCCCGUGGCCCAGCUGCAACUUCCCUGAGUACUUCACCUACAGCGUGCUGCUCAGCCUGCUGGCCUGCUCCGUGUUCCUGCAGAUCAGCUGCAUCGGGAAGCUGGUGCUCAUGCUGGCCAUUGAGCUCACAUACGUGCUCAUCGUUGAGGUGCCCCGUGUCACACUCUUUGACAAUGCUGACCUGCUGGUCACCGCCAAUGCCAUAGACUUCAACAACAACGGGACCUCCCAGUGCCCCGAGCAUGCGACCAAGGUGGCGCUGAAGGUGGUGACGCCCAUCAUCAUCUCGGUGUUCGUGCUGGCCCUGUACCUGCAUGCCCAGCAAGUGGAGUCCACCGCCCGCCUGGACUUCCUCUGGAAACUGCAGGCCACCGAGGAGAAGGAGGAGAUGGAGGAGCUGCAGGCCUACAACAGGCGGCUGCUGCACAACAUCCUGCCCAAGGACGUGGCCGCCCACUUCCUGGCCCGCGAGCGGCGCAACGACGAGCUCUACUACCAGUCGUGCGAGUGUGUGGCCGUCAUGUUCGCCUCCAUCGCCAACUUCUCUGAGUUCUACGUGGAGCUGGAGGCCAACAAUGAGGGCGUUGAGUGCCUGCGGCUGCUCAAUGAGAUCAUUGCCGACUUUGACGAGAUCAUCAGCGAGGAUCGGUUCAGGCAGCUGGAAAAGAUCAAGACCAUUGGCAGCACCUACAUGGCCGCCUCAGGCCUCAAUGACUCUACAUACGACAAGGUGGGCAAGAGCCACAUCAAAGCCCUGGCCGACUUUGCCAUGAAGCUCAUGGACCAAAUGAAGUACAUCAACGAACACUCCUUCAACAACUUCCAGAUGAAGAUUGGGCUCAACAUCGGCCCUGUGGUGGCUGGGGUGAUCGGGGCUCGCAAGCCUCAGUACGACAUCUGGGGCAAUACGGUGAACGUGGCCAGCCGCAUGGACAGCACCGGUGUGCCUGACCGCAUCCAGGUCACCACGGACAUGUACCAGGUACUGGCUGCCAACACUUACCAGCUGGAGUGCAGGGGUGUGGUCAAGGUCAAGGGCAAAGGCGAGAUGAUGACCUACUUCCUCAACGGGGGGCCCCCGCUCAGUUAGCAGCUGCCACCUGGUGAUGCCAGGCAGCCUGGCCUCCAGAGAAACAGAAAUGGCUUCUUUGUGCACCGGUGGGCAGGUGGAAGCCUGCGCUCUAGCCCACGUGGCCGCGCCGGUGAUAUUUUCCACUUUGACUCCAGAAGCAGCUUCUGCCUUUGUGGGUAGGCAGCAGCCUCCGUCCCAGGCCCCACGGUGCCAGCGUCCUGCGAGCACCAAGCUGACCAAAGAUGUUUCCUCCGUAGAAGACUCCACUAGGCGUGAUCUGAAUCUCGAGUUUUCUAACGGGUGCCGCUGCUGCACGGGUGGAGCGGAGCUGCUGGAGCUCUUACGGUGUGGGGCAGCCCGGCGUGUGACAACAGGGCUGAGGGGGAGGCCUCGGCCGAGUGGGUCGGCGGUGCGACUCUGGCCCCAGGAACCUAGGGGCCCCAGGGGUCCGGCUUUCUGUGUGAGCCUUUCAACUUUCGACAGAGGCCACGGCCCCUGCCCCAUGGAGGGGUUUUCUGGCAGGAGCGUGGGCUGUGGCUGGCCUGCGGCCUUCUCCGCAGUCCUCCUCCCACACCUACACACGUAGCCAAGGCCUCUUCAAGGGGAACAGAGCGAAUUGUGCGGGGGAGGUGAGAGCACUUGAGGCAAGGAGGGGUGGUUCUGAGAAAAAGAAUAUUUAUUAAAUAAAACAACUUUCUGUGCCCUUCUUUAGACUACGCUAGUUGUAUGCGUAUAAGACCCACAAGCAAACAAAGAUGCCACUGGGGUGGGAGGGUGAGGAUCCCAACUUGUCUUUUUUGUAUUUUUGAUUUUGUAUUCUUGAAAUCCUUGGAGAUCUAACAAAUAUACCAAAUUCUAUAUUUUGUAAAUGAUACUAGAUAACAGCUGUGCACAGCAUUUGUACCAUACGUACGUCCGUGUGUGUACUGGUGUAGGUGUGUGUGUUUGUGCUGUUGACCUGGUCACGUACAGGAUGCCUGCUGCCCUCGCUGCAGAUGCAGCAGUUUUGGGGGUUUUCCAGGUCCACCCAGAACAGGGAACAUGUGUGCUUUUGGGGUGCCCUGCGCGCAGAUGAAGUGGGAAGAUGCAUGCAAACAUCACAUUCAACACAGCACUUCCCUUAAGUUAAA